AUGCAACCAAAUUCACCGUGGAAUUAUGGAAAUUACUUUAUGGGCAAUACCACAAUGCAAAUGAUGCCAUUUAUGAUGAAAAAAGUGGGCAAAUAUUUACAAAGUGGAGCUGGAAUGGGAAUGUUUCCAUUUGGUGGUAAUUCAAUGAUGGGUAUGCCAUUUGGUGGAAUGAUGUCAAGUUUCGGAGGGUUUCCAAUGAUGGGUGGUGGUAGUAUGGGAUUUUCGGGUAUGGGAUUUUCGGGAGGAAUUAAUUGCGGUAUGGGCAGUUCACCGUUUAUGAUGGCUGCCACCCCAUUACCGAUUGCGUUCAAUCCUAUAGUUCAAGGUGUUUAUCCUACGCCCUCUAUGUCCCCCGUUCAAAUGUGGAAUCCUAUGCAAUUCAUGUCAGCUUUGUCGGCUGGACCGAUGCCGUAUCGUCCUCCUGCCUUGGACUUUCCAAGCAAUGUGGGGAUGGUCAUGUCGGUACCAUUCGGUACACCAAAUCCAUUUUUAUCGUCACCCUUUGGCUCUUAUAAUGCGUGUGGUGGUUGUUACCCUUGUUGCUGUUUACCCCCUCCCGUCUUGAGUUAUCCUCGUCCUGUAAUGGUUCCUCAACCAUAUCCAGUACCAUAUGCUCAGCCAGUUGAAAUUCCUCAUAUAAAGCCUGUGCCUAUUCCGCGUGCAGUUACCAACAUUGCCCCACCUGUCAUGCUGGGACAGGGUGGAUUUCCACAGGGUGGAUUUUCAAUGCCGUCAUCAAUGAUACCAGCAGGACAGCCAAUGCCUUCACUUCCUUUCAAUAAUGUUUUAUCUGCGCCACCUAUUACUCCAUUGAUGCCGGCAGGUGCUUCUGGUGUUUUUUCUGGUUAUGGUCAACCGCUAGUAUCGUCAGCUGCCCCAUCUCAACAACAAAGACUUCUAUCAGAACAAAAAAAGCCAGGCGCACACAAUUUACCAAUUUAUAAUAUAGACAGCAGUCGAGAAGCACAACAAUUAGCUUUCAGUCUAUCGACUUUGGGUACUUCUAGCCGUAACAGAAAGGGUAUAACGCCAAGCAAAGCAAAAAAUCAAAACAUGUAUAAUCGUUCUCGUCAAAGUUUUCCUACAUAUUCUACAUUAACAUCUACUAAAACGAAUAACAACCGUUCUGAGCCCACAAUACCAUUGCCACAGAAAGGAAUCUUAAUAUCAGAUUCGGGAUGGAUGCCGAAUGUGUCGGCAAGAAAAAAACGAAUACCUAGUUUUCAGUUUUCAAAAUAUCGGCGAAAUAAGCUAUAUAAACGACGAAAACAUUCUACUGUGGACAACGAAUAUGAUUGUGAAAUAUGCAAAAGCGAACGCGAUCGUCAGCGUUUAAAAAAUUAUUUUGGUUCAUCUAAAUUAUCCUCUUUAUUAUCAUCACCCCGAAAAAGUCAUAAACAGCAUGGUUCUAACUUGGCAUUAAGCAUUUCUUCAUCCCAUAUUGCAUCUGAUGCGUCUCGCCUCAAAAAAGGACGUCAUCAUCGAUCAGAAAAAACACACCAUCAAACUCGCCGUUCUCAAGGUACUCCAUUAAAUCGUAAAGAUCAUGAUAAUCAAUUUCAUCAACAAAAUGAAGAAGAAAAACGUUCUCGUACAAAUUCAAAAAAUUCGUCGCAAAGUUCAACAAAACAACCACAAACGAGAAGUAACAACGAUGAUAGUAAUAAAGAUAAUGAAAGUUCAAAAAAUAGUGUCAUAUCAACAAAAUAA